GUUAUUUUGUCUGUGGUCAUAGGCGCUAAUUUUAAAAAUAAAAUAACAAUGGAAAUAAUGAUAGUACAGUUGAUUUUACUAUAAAUUCUUUGAAUUUUACGUUGUUGACUAACCGAUAAACAGUUAAAUAACAUAUUUGACUUAUAAUCGAUUGCUUAUUUAAAGCCAAACACGACGAGGUAAAAAUGCAAUCUAAUAACCAAUUGGAGACUUUAUUUGACGAACACACAUCUGAUGUCAAAUUAGUAGCUUUUGGGAGUAUUCCAGUAGAUACUGCUGUCGAGAAAACGAUUGCUAUUAAAAAUAAUACUGAUAAAGGUCUAACGUACAGGGUGUCAAAUAUCUAUAUUUUGAACAGCGUGGAUCAUGUGUUCAACAUAUCUAUAACAUCGAGCUACGUGCAGCCUGGUGAUGCUGCUCGAAUCAAGAUAGUGUUCAAGCCCAAUAUUGUAGGACAGUCGUUCACUGAAUACUAUCUUGUGGAUGACACUAGUGGCAAUACGUAUAGGCUCACUGUCACUGGCAGAAGCUAUGGACCGAAAGUAAAGCUCGAUAAAAAGAAAUUGGUCUUUCGGAUUUGUAAAAAUGUAACGGAACAAAGAAAGGAGGUGAUCAAUAUUGUGAACCAUUCGUCUGUGGAUACGACAUACCAGUGGUACAUGCCUGCUUCUGGACAAGGAUGUUUCCAAAUUUCAACAGGUAACUGCGGUCUCAUCAGAGCUUUCGAAACUAUAACAACAACGGUUAUGUUCACUGGCAUACCUCUUGGAAUAUAUACUGGAGAGCUGGUUUGUUUGGUCCUGCAUCAGCAUCCCUUAUUCCUGAACGUGUAUGCGACAGUCGUUUUACCUGGAAACCCAUUACUUAGUAUCCGAGAGCAUGUGUAUGUGAAGAGUUGGAAACAGAAGUCUCGUUCCGUCCAUUUGAUGGAGAAUAGUCUGAACCGACUAAUUUACAUACCGCCUGCUUCAGUGUUCGAAAGGUACCUUGACUUCGGUACUGGCAGUGUUACUGACGUCACCAGGAACAUAUCACAAACAAUUUGUGUCACUAAUCAUGAAGAUCAAGAGGGCUAUAUGCAAUGGAUGCCAGAUCCAGAUAACGUAUUCCUAGUAGAUCCUAUCGCCUCUGUUAUACCUCCGAACGAAUCAAGACUCUUUACUGUCAGAUACAGGCCUAAAAUUGAAAACGAAGUGUAUGGGUACCUCAUGUGUGGAGACUAUCAAGUCAAGAAAUUUGUAAGCGAUGAGAUCAGGCUGAAGCACUUACUGUUCCGCAUUCCGUGUACAGGCAACACGUGGAUGCCAUGCGUCGAAUGGGUGACGGAAUGGGAUUGUCCCUCGGAGGUAAUUCUGCCCCCAACAGUACCAACCAGGACCACUUUCGCUAAUUUCAUGCUGUCAAACAAGUUUGAAAUUCCUAUGCAUUUUAAAUUUGAUCCACCAUAUGGCACGAAUUACGUAGUAAUGCCAGUUUGUGGAAUCGUUCCGAGCCGAGGAUGGCAGAUUAUAUCAGUAGCUUUGGAACCAAAAUGUUUUGGGGAUUAUUGUGAAGCGUGGGACCUUAUUAUUAACAAAGUGCAAAAGACAUCUAUCAGCUUCACGGGAAACGCAGAAAUGAGUCAAGUGGAGGUAAUGUCCCACGGAUACCAUCCGGCAACGCAUGCGAUGCUGGAGUUCCCCCCGACGAUCACUGGCUGCACCAACUACUGCACUUCGUACCUUCACAACCUCACUAGGAUGGAAAUGCAUAUACGGGUAUUAUGUAAUGUCGACUGGAUGGGAGCUGAUGACUGCGGAUGUAUUAUUUUGCCACCUAAAGAAAUCAUACAUUAUCAUUGGUGGUUCUUCCCGAAAAUCCCUGACAAAGUGUAUGAAACGACCAUAACUUUAAGUUGUGUCUGCUUGAUCAAAGGAGAGGCGGUUGGGGAACCAACAGAAGUGUUCAUUGCCAUUUCUGGCUUUUCGGAAUUUCCCGAUUUGAGGAUUUUGCCAAAGGACAAUAAUCUCCAUGACGUUGUUGUUGGAGAAAGCGUCACGUUGCCCGUGACUUUGUACAACAAUGGCUCUUGUUACUUUACGUCUAAGUUGUACCAUACUAUUAGAGGUAUGGGAGAUGACUACUCAGGAGAUAGACUCGAAAUCGAUUCAUCAGUGAACAGUUUGAAACCAUCGAACCACUGCACCGUUAAAAUGACGGUGACCCCUGAUGGGGCAGGAUCACGGAAACUUUGUAUCAAGUAUACUGUCCUCUACCGCACGGAAAAUGACGAAGUUGAGGAGAUACAACCGAUAAAAACUAAGAUAUGUACCAUUUAUUACGAUGGGAUUUAUCCUACAAUUAAGGUGAAGCGCACACUAUCGAAUAAAUGUCCAGUAAUUCUCAGCAAUCACUGUGUUUGGAAUAUCGUCAACGUUGAAGAUCUUAAUCAGGCUUUCGUGGACUGUCGACCAAAUGAACCAAUCGGGGUGAAUAUUUACGCUCCUGAUUUAUGUGUCCGAGCUGACCACGUCGAGCUCGUAUUUGUGAUGGGCUGUGUGUACCAAGUGCCUGUGCCUUGGAAUCUCCGUAGAGAGAAGAUUUGUGACUGUGAGAUGGUACAAGUGAAAAUAGCUACCUCUAGGUAUGAAAUGAGACAUACCUGCGUGCAUAGGGAGUUGGUGGAAUUGUACCCUUUAAGCGGAAUUGUUUCGCCUGACAAUCCCAACCUGCUCUAUCUAAAAUUCACGUACUCCAGUAAAGGAAUGAACACGUUAUGUUACGUAAUGACGAUGCCGAAUCAGAGAACAAUUUACAUAUACGUCCAUAUUUACGCGUAUUUGAAUACAAGGGGAUUGUUGACGCCAUUGCGUCGACCUGUUGGAGUAGACGGGUAUUUGGCGGUCAUGGACUGUGGUAAAGUACCCAUUAAUAAUCUGGAUCCAGUUAUAAGGAUCGUAUGGCUGUACAACCCCACUGAUGUGUUCACUACUUGGCGUUUACUUCGCGGUAAUAGUAAACCAGAUUCUGUGAUUCGUUGCUUGCUCUACUUUGCCGAAGUACCGCCCCUUGGAAAACUAGCCAUACCGUUUGCUUUUAUGCCCACGGAAAUGAUACAAUAUGAGGUGGUAUUCCUCUGUUCCUUCGGCUAUGAAAAUGAAAGGAUUCAAGUGAAAGGGGAAGGAGGUCUGCCGAACUGUAUUGAAACCAGACUGGACAUUCCAUUGCCUGUUGAGCGAGUCAUCAGAGAGGCUCACAGGCAAGAAGUGGUAUAUCUGUCGACGGAACAUCUGACAAUACCGGUGAUGCCGACGCACUCCUUAUCGAGGGACAUAAUAAGCAUCUGCAAUGACACUGACCACGUCAUGAGGUUCAUCUGGCUACCAGAAAGAAUAGCGAAUAUAUUGAACGUAGUGAUGACGCCGUGCUGGGGAGUGAUCCAACCCAAGAGUUCGGAGUGGAUUACAAUGACUGCCUACACACUCCAGGAGCCUGCCACUUUCACGACGUCUGUUGCCUGCGAGAUUUUAGAUUUGACGAAUCGUAAGAUUUAUCAACAAAAUAGACUUCUGUGGCGAAGCAAGAUCGAGAAAUGUAACCAAGAGUUUAUUAUAACUGAAGAAGGAAUGUUCCACCCUGGUAUAAACGAUUCGCCGCCGUAUGUGCUGGAUUUAGAAAAACCGCAACCAAGUUACUUGGCAAUGACGGUGUCAGUGUCUUCGAAAGGCCAGCGGGAUGGAUACCCGAGAUUGUUGUUAAAAGAAAUGUGGGCACAGCCCCCGCCUUACGAUUUGUUAGCAUCAGACGUGACUGACUUCGCGGAACGUCCAACCACAGGCAAUUCCAUGACUAUUCCAGAUUUACUCAGAAUUAUCGACGGCAUAUUAUGGGACGCCAUGCACAGCAAAAUGUUCAGAUCUCAGAUAGAAUACUAUUCAAAAGAGGAAAUACCGACUUAUGAACAAGUAAUGCGAGUGUACACUCGGGAAGUCAAGCCGAAAUUGAGUCGAAGGGUCACUUCUGGGAUAUGUGAUGCCAUUGUCAACAAGGCAGUGUUCCACAAUUUCGGCCUCAACGCUAAGCAGUCUCCCAUCAUGGAAGCGGAAUGAUUAUUGUUAUUCUACCUACGUUUAUUAUAAUUAAAUAAACCGUUAUUUUUGAAAACUGA